CAGAAGAAAAGCAGAGAGAGGGAGAGAGAAGGGGGCGCCGACACAGGAGACUGGCUGUAUGCGUGUGAUGACAUUGCUGUACUCUGCUGGAGAGCCAUGCAGUGACACCAUCAUGGACAAAGCCACAGUCUGGAAUCUCCCACAAUUCUCAACUCUCUGAUGUUCAUGUGAUGUUCUGAAGACUCGUGUUGAUUAAGGCUGAUGACUGACCUGAUAUCAGACUCCUUGGACAUGAUGUCAGUGUGUGUGCAGUCAUCCUGUAACUCCACCCCCUCUGUGGAUGUGGCCAAUCACAACAGUGACUCCCCAGUGAGCCCUCCCACCUCGCUGAGCCUGCGCUCCUCCCACAACCAGCUGCUGAGCACUGAGCUGCUGAAGCAGGGCUCGUCCACGCCCCCCAAAUGCCGCAAGAAGUACGCGCUGACCAGCAUCCAGAGCGCCAUGGGCCUGGGCCUGGGCCAGGGCGACGCCCCCGCCAACGCGCCCGCCACUGACCCCGCCCUCGACUCCGCCUCCAACCCCAAGCACGCCAAGAACGGAGCCAAUCAGCUGCGCAAGGCCGCCGAGCAGCAAGACGUCAACAAGAACACGGACGAGCUCGUGGUGCUCUCCAGCGGCGAGGACGAGCUCAAGCCGGACGAGCCGGAGCUCAGCGCCGAGCUGGACUCCCACAUGGACCUGGACAACACGCUGAGCGACUCCGUGUCCAGCGAGGAGGCAGCGGACCUGAACACCACAGCGGAGGAGGAAGAGGAGGAGGAGGAGGAGGAGGAGGACCACAUCUCCAAUGCUUCGCUGGCCGAAUCAGAGGACCUGCUCAUCCUGCCUGAACUGCUCAAACAGGACGACGACAAGAAGGAUGUGAAGAAGUCUCCAACGUUGGACAAGAAGUCGCCUUCCCUGGACAAAGACUCACCCUCUGAAGACAAGAAGUCGCCUUCUCUGGACAAAGACUCACCCUCUGAAGACAAGAAGUCACCUUCCCUGGACAAAGACUCACCCUUUGUGGACAGGAAGUCACCUUCCCUGGACAAAGACUCACCCUCCGUGGACAGGAAGUCACCUUCCCUGGACAAAGGCUCACCCUCUGUGGACAGGAAGUCGCCCGUUGUGGACAAAAAGUCGCCCGCUGUGGACAGGAAGUCGCCGGCUGUGGACAGGAAGUCACCCGUUGUGGACGAGAGCAGGAGCCUGCUGGAAGGGGGUGAUGUCCCCGAACAGGAAGUGACUCAGCCUCUGUUGAAGCAGCCUCGCCCUCCGUCCCUUCCCAAGCAGCCCAGCGCGGAGGAGACGCCUCUGCUCUCCUCCUCCUCCUCCCCCCCUGAGGAGACGCCUCUGCUCUCCUCCUCCUCCUCCCCCCCUGAGGAGACGCCUCUGCUCUCGUCCUCCUCCUCCUCCUCGCCGGAGGUGAAGAAGGACCGGCCGCGCACCGGCGCCAAGACAGACUGCGCCCUCAACCGCAUCCAGAACCUGGCCCCCAGCGACGAGGAGUCCAGCUGGACCACGCUCUCCCAGGACAGCGCCUCGCUGGGCUCUCCAGAGGAGAAUGACAUCUGGAGUGAGCAGGCGUGCCAUACAGACCCUGACCUCCCCCCAGGAUGGAAGAAGAUCACCGACAUGGCGGGCAUCUACUAUUGGCACAUCCCCACCGGCACCACCCAAUGGGAGCGUCCCAAAGCGCUCAAAGCCCCGCCCCCCACCGGCACCACCCAAUGGGAGCGGCCCGCAGCCACACCCCCCAGUGCCAUGCCCACCUGCGCUCAGACCGCACACAAACACUCGGCCAGCUCCCUCACACCCUCCCCCACACCGGACCAGGAGGCUGAGGUGUUCUUCCGGGAUGCGUCUCUUCGCUCGGGCAGCACCACGUCCGAGGGCUCGGUGGAGCCCAUGCCAGUGUCCAUGCCAGCGCCCAUGCCAGUGCCCGACCUGGAGCUGGCCAGCUGCGGAUUUGUCAACAGCUGCUACUUUCCACGUUCCUCAUCAGUGCAUCUCGUGGCAGAUCAAGAUCCACACCCUCAGACACAACACUCCCAGGAGAAGAAACAGUCGUGGAGUGAGUUUGCGUUGGGCUCGGGCGGAAAGAUUGAUAGUGAGAUCUGGAAGGACCUGCAGGCGGCCACAGUCACCCCGGACCCCAGCCUCAAGGAGUUUGAGGGAGCAACCCUGCGCUACGCGUCCUUAAAGCUCAGAAACCCCCCGCCUGUGGAGGAGGAGGACUCCAGCAGCAUCAACAGUGACCCCGAGGCCAAGUGUUUUGCGGUGCGAUCCCUUGGCUGGGUAGAGAUGGCAGAAGAGGACUUGGCUCCAGGGAAAAGCAGCGUUGCCGUGAACAACUGCAUCCGCCAGCUCUCCUACUGCAAGAACGACAUCCGCGACACCGUGGGCAUCUGGGGAGAGGGGAAGGACAUGUAUUUGGUACUGGAGAACAACCUGCUGAACCUAGUGGACCCAAUGGACCGCAGUGUCCUGCACUCUCAGCCCAUCGUCAGCAUCCGCGUGUGGGGCGUGGGCCGCGACAACGGCAGGGAUUUUGCGUAUGUGGCCCGAGACAAAGACACCCGUAUUCUGAAAUGUCAUGUGUUCCGCUGUGACACGCCUGCCAAAGCCAUCGCCACCAGUCUACACGAGAUCUGCUCCCGGAUCAUGGCAGAACGCAAGCUUGCGAAAGCGGCAGUGGGCGGAGCCAUGCAUGAGCGCCAGACAGGAGUCGAUCUCCCUCUUGCAGCGGAGUUCCCCACUCCCAAGACGGAGCUGGUGCAGAGGUUCCAGGUGCUGUAUCUGGGGCUGCUCCAGGUGGCCAGACCCAUUGGUAUGUGUAUGGACAUUCUGAACGACGCCAUAGACAGCCUGAUGACCGCGUCACCAAGGGAGACCUGGAGCCCCGUCGUGCUGAAUGUAGCUGACGCCACGGUUACCGUCAUUAAAGACGAGGAGGAAGAGGAGGUGCUGGUGGAGUGUCGGGUGCGUUUCCUGUCCUUCAUGGGCGUCGGCCAUGACGUGCACGCGUUUGCCUUCAUCAUGGACACGGGCAACCAGCACUUCGAGUGCCACGCCUUCUGGUGCGAGCCCAACGCCGGCAGCGUGUCCGAGGCCGUGCAGGCCGCAUGCAUGCUGCGCUAUCAGAAGUGUCUGGUGGCGCGUCCUCCGUCUCAGCGGCCGUGCGGAGUGGCGCCCCCUGGUGGUGACUCGGUGUCGCGGCGCGUCUCCACCAGCGUCAAGCGAGGCGUGCUGUCCCUCAUCGACACACUCAAGCACAAGAGACCCCUGCACGAGCAGCCCCAGUAACGCCCCCACCCCUGCACCCACCCUCCCCAUCUCCAGCCAUGACCUUUAACCUUUAACCCCCGCCCCCACCACCGCCCCAUCUCCAGCCAUGACCUUUAAACCCUACCUCUUAACCACUGCCCCCACCCCCGGCCCCCGCCCCACAGACCUGUUCAUCUGUACAUACGUCAGACCAGAAGGAGCGAGACAAGGACACGAGGAGACAAGGACACGAGGAGACGAGGAGACAAGGACACGAGGAGACGAGGAGCAGAAUAAUGAGGACCCCCCCGCCAGGGGAGUGGAACGCUGGCCCCCAAAGUGACCGACUGGUGACCUGUCACCAUCAUCCACCCAUUGCCCAGAGCGCACACAGAGAGGGUCGACUGUCACCCUCGGUCUAGUUGACCUCUCCUCCCCGACCCCAGUCCUGACCCGACCCCGGCUCCCCCUAAGGAACAGGCCUGCCUGUCCGAGACACGAGGGACAGAUGGACACGGACAGGUGGACCACACGGAACUCUCACCCAGUGUAGCAUCCGCCUGCAGCCUCCCGUAGAUACCAACGCCAAUACGCGCUGACCAGUCGGAGUGUUUGGUGUCCAUCUCUAUAGUACAGUACACUUCAGGCCUAGGCAGGUGUACUCCACACUACAGUACAGUACAGUACAGUACAGUACACUUCAGGCCUAGGCAGGUGUACUCCACACUACAGUACAGUACAGUACAGUACACUUCAGGCCUAGGCAAGUGUACUCCACACUACAGUACAGUACAGUACAGUACGCUUCAGGCCUAGGCAGGUGUACUCCACACUACAGUACAGUACAGUACAGUACGCUUCAGUCCUAGGCAAGUGUACUCCACACUACAGUACAGUACAGUACAGUACGCUUCAGUCCUAGGCAAGUGUACUCCACACUACACUACAGUACAGUACAGUACGCUCAGGCCUAGGCAGGGUUACUCCACGCUACACUACAUACAGUACAGUAUGUACAGUACGCUUCAGGCCUAGGCAGGAGUACUCCACACUACAGUACAGUAUCUACAGUACAGUACACUUCAGGCCUAGGCAGGUGUACUCCACACUACACUACAGUACAGUACAGUACAGUACGCUUCAGGCCUAGGCAGGUGUACUCCACACUACACUACAGUACAGUACAGUACAGUACACUUCAGUCCUGAUCAACUCUUCCUCUACACACUAUUUAAACAGACUAUACCAUACUCUUCAGCUUCCUGUUUCUCUCUCUCUCUUUCUCUGUAUCUGUACCUGGUUGUGUCCCUCUCUCUCUCUCUCUGUAUCUGGUUGUGUCCCUCUCUCUCUCUCUCUCUCUGUUUCUCUCUAUAUAUCUGGUUGUCCCUCUCUCCCUCCCUCUCUCUCUCUCUCUCUCUGUAUCUGGUUGUUUCUCUCUCUCUCCCUCCCUCCCUCUCUCUCUCUCUCUCUCUCUCUCUGUAUCUGGUUGUUUCUCUCUCUCUCCCUCUCUCUCUCUCUCUCUCUGUCUCUAUAUACUAUAUGUAUCUGGUUGUUCCUCUCUCUCCCAGUGGUUCCUCCUGUUCUCUGUAGCACUCCUGUCCUCCCUCUCCCCUCUGACAGAGGGCUUAUGUGAAAAAGCUGUGUGUGUGUGUGUGUGUGUGUGUGUGUGUGUGUGUGUGUGUGUGUGUGUGUGUGUGUAUGUGUGCGUGCGUGCGUGUGUGUACAUAGCUAUAUAUAAAUAUAUAUAAAACACUGCAUUUGUUUACCCUAUUAUGAACUAUUCAUUUUGUUUGUUUGUUUAUUUUCUUUUCUUUCAUAAAAAAAUCUUGUUUCCUGCAAAAGAAAGCCUUGCUUGUGGAACACUUAAACUCUGGCCAAAGUGUAAAAUAUCUGUGUAUGUGAUGUAGAUAAAACAAAAAUGGACAGCUGAUUGAUGUGAGAAGGAGAUGAAGAUUGUUGAUAUAAUUUUAUUUUGUGGUUCUUAUUAAGGCUAAAGUAGACGAUGACUGAGCAUCUACAGUAUCUAUGCAUUCUUUGGAUAAGAGCAUCACCUUGCCUUGCAUGUCCCAGAGUCAGUGCAGAACAGAAGUGAUAUUUUAUUUUAUUUAUUCUCUUUUAUAUGGGUUAUAUAAGCUGUUUUUUUUUGUUGUUGUUGUUGUUAUGUCGAGCAGCCAAAUCUUUUUAGGCUUUGACUCCUAAACUGGCCACCUCAUACUUGUAUCCAUUCUAAUGCGGAAACAGCAGAAAUGUGGCAUGAACUAGACAGGCUCAGCAGUAACCAAUGGCACCAUUCUGAAUGAACCUGGGCUAAAAGCGGCCACUGAAGCCUGUUCCUUAGUCCCUGGUGGCCUCUUCCCCGCCACUGCUCUCUGCCCACGGGCCUCAUGAGGAAGUGGACAGGAAGAGCCUAUGGCAUCGGGAAGAGAUAGACAGGUAUCGGUCAGUGAGCACACUGGCUCUGCUUUGUGAAGAGCCCAUUAGUAGUGCUGUCCUGGGCCAGGCUGCUGUAGUCCUGGCCUCUGGUCUCUGAGACAAGCAGCACUAUGGUCGCCUGGAUGUCUGUGAUGGCCUGUUUGACAGAGCACAGGUUGUGGUUAAGGAGAAAGGAAUGUAAAAUUGCCUUAAAUCCAGUGAAGUCGACCAAUCCAGUUUAGUGUGAUUCUGUGAAAUUUCUUAAUAAGUCAAAAAAUAAUGUGAGUCCGUGUAGAAAAAGAAUCAAAGUUAGUGGAAUUCAGUCACAAAAGAACUAAUUUAAUGUGAUACUUUAAGGUUCCUCAAAGAUGCAUUCCAAAACUUAAAAAAGGCUGAAUGGAUUGAUGCUUCCACAGAGCAAUCUUCAGGCCGUUUCUAGAGAUGUUCCUGUUUUAACUAGCUGGGUUUCUUGUGAUAGACAACACUGCCAGGCACUGGUGAAUGAAGACAGGGGGGACAGCCCUCGCGGUGAACGGUUCUGCAAUGCAUCCUUAGGAGUCAGUUCAAUGUGAGCCUGUAUUGAUCCUAAAUAAUCAAUUGAACACAACUUGUGUUUCAUAUUCCUUUUGUUUUUGUUUGUUUUAUUUUCUGCUGGGUUAACAAAUCUCACCGCUACCACUCUAUUGUGAACCGUGUCUCAGUGGCAGCAGCCAGGGCAGCAUCUGCACCAACACACACACACACACACACACACACACACACACACACACACACACACACACACACACACACACACACACACACACACACACACACACACACACACACACACACACACACACACACACACACACACACACACACACACACACACACACAGUGUGAGAGUGAGCUGCUGCUGGUUACGUCUCUGUGGAGAUGCUCUGUUCUGAAGUGCUGCCUUGAGCUGCUGAGUCACCAGUGAAAGUACUCCAACUGAUGUAACCACACAAGGUGUUGAAUGCUGUCUAUGGGCACUCUGUGGUCCCACACACAUGUACACAAACCAACAUGGGCUUGUUCGGCUGGUCACUGAUUUGUACACCAUAUCAAUGUAACCUGUGCAAAUAAAGAGCAUAUUCAAAACUAA